CUCGUUGUACGGUACGUAGAUGACUUGAGUCGUGGUUCACAGUGCCUGUCCGUUCUGUCAUUCUCAAGUUGUCGUCGUCGUCGUCGUCGUCGUCGAACCUGCAAACUUCGCUCAUCCUCUCUUCGUCCUCGCCGUCAUGACGGCCACCGACCACCCUUCAUCGUCCUCUGCGUCCCUGGCCAAUGCUGCUCAACCUCCGACUUCGGUUUCGUCUUCAGGUGCUUCUCCCGGCGCAAAAGGCCACACCCUUCUCCCUUCCGACACCAUCUGGAACCGAUGGGUGAACUUUUACCGCAUGGCCCGAAGGACCAUGUCCGAGCAGGGGGCCGAAGAGUACUGGAAGGACGCGGACCAACGAUACUCCAAGAUAGACUGUGCCAGGUGCGACACAUGGCGUAACGAAUUGUUCCGCACGUCCCCGGUGAUAACAUAUCUCAACGACAACAUCCGGAAGCUGGGUGGUGACUUGGGCCCAGAGAACAUCCGGUGCCGCACGUGCUCGGAGAAGAUGCUGGCCGGGUUCGACCAGCAGUACGGCAUCAAGAUCUGCGCCAACCGCAUAGAGAGCAAGUCGAUGAUGGAGGAUGUGCUCGCCCACGAGAUGGUCCACGCCUAUGACCAUUUGCGGUUCAAGGCCGACCAGGUCGGAAACUUGAGGCACGCGGCCUGUACGGAGAUCCGAGCGAGCAACCUCAGCGGCGAAUGUCGGUGGGCAAACGAGUUCUUUGGCAACAAGAUCAUGUCUUUUACAAAUCACCAACAAGACUGCGUGCGGAGGCGAGCGAUCAAUUCAGUCAAGGCUCGGCCGGGUUGUAAGGACGAGGCGCACGCAGAAAAAGUUGUCAAUGAGGUCUGGGAUAGUUGUUUCCGUGACACGAGACCUUUUGAUGAAGUAUAUCGAUGAUUGAUCCCGAUUCGAGAAUGGUUUUAUCAGUGAAUUAUUAUUUGAGCGUGGCGUUGGCGGCCGUGUUUGCCCAGCAUCGCAGGGGGCAAUAAUUGAUACAUUUGGGUAUUGCCAGAACUGAACCGGCAGACAUAUAAACUCCAUUCACCUAUCCCUGUUCCUAUAAUCGACUCCGUGCCAUGCAGUUUCG